ACCCGCCUGUUCAGUCACCACCCUCGAUUCGUAUCCCCUCCCCCUCACAAUCUCCACCCUUCGGCCUCCCUCUUUUGUCUAUUCUUGUCUUUGUAUCAUCUUCAGAGGUCGGGUACGCCGGUAUACAGUGCGGGUUUCUUUAUGUAACGAAUGCUACGCGACAUCGUUCUUGUCGUUUGCUGACCUGACAGGGAGGAAAUGCGCCUCAGGUUGUCACACCCUGAUUUCUAGGGAGCAGUUGCCCCCACCUAUACACACCCCAGGCACAGCCAAGUAUGACACUACAGCGUAAAGGAGAGCAUGUUACACAAUGCUACACAUUGAUAAACGCAUCGAUGUAAGAACAACGGCAAAAGCAUCGUGAUAGACGCGCAUGUAUUCUUCCGGAUCGGCUCGGGCACCUCUCCCCACAGAGACAUGGAUGCUUACCUCUUCCUACUGUGGAUAGCGAGCGCCGCAAGAGUCAUCAAUAGAUCUUCAGGGAUUCCAGCUUCUCCUUUCACUCUGGAGGUUAAAGAUGCAGCACAAUAUUUCAGAUUACAACAUACAGUGCCUGAUGAAGAAUCUGUGAUCUCUUCACAAAGUGAUCUGCACAAAGAGACUUUCUUGGUAACCCGUCUUGGAAAUAAAGAGCCACAUGUACGUGCAUCGUUUCAGCAUGUACAAAAACAAGAGCAUGUACCAUGGGAUGUAAUAGGAGCCCAAGGUAAAGGUAUUCGCGGAGAGGUGAUUAAGGGAGAAGUAACCCCUUCUGACCCUGUUACACAGGUUUUAUUUCAUCGGACAGGGGCUGACUUGCACUCAAAAGUAUCCCAGAACCAAUGUGUAAGUGUGCAAGCAGUACAUCAUGGAGACCUCAGAGUUCAAGGAUUUUGUAGAAUUGAGACUUCCCUUGAUGUGUGUAUUGUGGAGCUUCACUUUUCUUCUUCCUGGUUUUCUCUUGCGUCCCUCCCUGUAAAUGUGACCCUGAAUUAUUCUGCAUCUGAAGAAUGCAAAUAUUAUGAAGAAAGAUCAGAGAUUGCUGGGAUGGUUCAUCUUGUGGGUGUGAACACACCAAAAGUUCAGCGGCUUAGUGUUGGGGACUUUAUGACAAUUACUUUACCUGACAAGACUUUGUUACCUGGAGAGGUAUUUACGGCAUCAAUAAGCCUCCUGCAAAACUGGACACAACCUAUCUUUAGCCUUAGGGUACGAUGCCGUACUGGAUUGGAGCUUCUCUUUGCUCGGUCUGCUGCUCCAAAUACUUGGGCAAUAAAAACGGAGACACAGAAAGGAGCUAAACAUCACACCAUUAUAGGACACUUUACUCAAAGAGGAUCUUUAGAGCGCAGGACUUAUCCAGUUGUUGCUCUCUUGGAUUUUCUUGUUGGUAAUGUUUCUGUAGGUUCUGCUGUUUCACGAAGAAUCAUGUUUCAGCUGGAUGGACCUGGAGCAAGUGCAGCUUCAGCAGGUUUUCGGGGCAGUGCUGAAGUGUUGGUAUCUGAUCGUGAUCUUAGAGCAAUUAUCCCACUAGUGAAGUCAAAUGAGAUUUUAAACACAGCCCUUCUAACUGGCAUUUCUCAGAAAAUCCCAGUGAGAGUGCUGGCUUUGGAAGCUGGUGGACAUGUGGUUGAUGUUACCAAACAGGCGGGUUGUGAAACUCCGAGCGCACAGAUUGUUCAGGUGUCAGAUGGCUGUGAUUUUCUGUUUGUUGGUGGUAAGGAAACUCAGGGGGCUGUGGAUGUGAAGGUGGAGUUUUGGUUAGAACGUCUACGUUCCUCUCUUUCUCUGUCUCUUUGGGUACCUCUGCUUCCAUUGAGAGUCGAGGUGUCAGACACAAAUUUGCAACGUUUGCCAAGUUCAAAAUCUGUUGGCUACUCUCAAGAUGAAAAUGAUGGAGAACGCAAAGUUGCUUCAGAUCGCAAUAGCCAGAGCUGUCGGGCUCAGUAUCAAAGAGCUCAAGUACGCUUUCUUGCCCACUUUGUGGCUCAUUCCCUGGAUGGUAGUCAUCAGCUGAUCUACUUCAUGGGUAGCGAUUGGCUUUUGGAUGUGUCUCCUUUAAUAAGAAGCCAAGCUGUCGUCAGAGAUCUACGUAUAGCACGUCUAGAGGAGGAAGGGAGUGUUCUUAUUGGCCAGCAGCCUGGGGUUACAUCUGUUGAGGUACGAUCUCCACUCUCGCACUCCAUCCUAGGAGAGCAAACAAUCUUUGUCUCUUCGGAAACCGUUUCCAUUCUGGAACUGCAUUCACACUUGGUUUGGGGCAUAAAUCUCAGUGUGAUCCCGUCUUCCACCAGACAUCCUGGAGUUUUUACAGUUUUGUGUCAGUCUCAAGAGGUGGCAGUUAUUCCUAAACAGGAAUCUGUUAUGUCUGUAUGGUUGAUGUUCAGUGACAUGUCAGCUGCACCAUUAACCCUCUACGAUCCUCUGGAAUUAUCAUUAUCGGUUGUAUCAUCAGAUGACCAUAUUUUAUCAGUUCAUCAACCGGUGGUGUCAGCACACUCUUGGUCCUUGCCUGUAUUAAUUUUUGAGAGUCCAGGUGAAGGGCCCCUGCUGCGUACUUCUCUUUACUUGCCAGAGCGAUGCAGAAGAGAUUCUUCAGGACUGCUUAGUGCUGGCUAUGUCCGGAUUAUAUUCCCAAGAAAUGUAACCCAUGGUGGUGAAUAUCCUGGAAAUGACAUAUUACAGAGUGACAGUGAUCUGACUUCUAAGGAUAGUAAUACAGUCUUAUCUGUCAACAAUGUUAUUCCUGGCACAAGUGACAUAAUACUAAGAAGUGACAACACAGUCUCUGAAGAUGAAAAAUCUCUUUCUGGCGUUGAUGAUAUUGUCACAACCCGUUGGGGAAUACCUGGCUUAGAAGAAGGACUCUAUGGGCUUCUAGCCCUUUUCUCUUUGCUAACCCUCCUGUUUUUUAUUAGUUGUCUGACUUUUAUAAGGAGACACAGAAAAAAAUCUGCACCAGAAGGUCCUGGGAAUCCUGAGGCACCAAACUGGGUAUGGCUGGAUGGGCAUGAAGCUAAUGGACCAAGAUCCCAGGGAGCAGUAAGGGAAGAAGAGGAAGAAAGAGAACAGUGGGAAGGAAGAGAGACAGGACCACAAAGCCUCACCAGUACAUUCCACCCAGUGAGAAAUUCAGAAGGGCCUGAGACUACUAGUGGUCAUAACUCUCAGGUUGGCUCAUUAUCUACACCUGCAAGCCACUCUAGAGCCUGCUUGGAAGCUAAAAAGCCAGGAUUGCCUUCUUUAAAAUCGAUAAUACCACAAGAAGAUAGAAAAAUAGAAAGAGGACCCGAUGAUCCCACUGUGCGCUCCAUUUUGGUAGCCAGUGAGGAAGAUAUCAUGUGGGUAUGCAAAGACAUGGGUAUGAGGGAACCUCAGGAAAUCCUAAGCUAUAUGGAAAGAAUCAGAAGUGAAACAACUCAUCCCGGAGAAAAGAGGAGAGAGGUUACACAGGGUAUAGGAAAUAAUGUAGCAGGCACAAGUGUUAAAAGAUUGACCUAAUUUCAACAAUGUAAAGUAUGGUAGUAAGAAAAAACUUAAAGUUAAGAAAUAUUAAUGCCCUGAGAUAAUCGACCUUCUUUAGACUCUGGUAGUAGCAUAUGUAUUUUCCAUUCCAUUGUUAUGGUAUGAGAUGUCCUAGUGUUAUUCAGCAAAUAACCUUGAGGGUCCUGAAACAAACCAUAGUUAUAGUAUUCAUAACUGGAAAAGUUAAGUAUUAAAACACUCACACGCACAUUUUUAUGAACUCUCAUAUGCUGAAGAUUUGCAUUCUCUAUUUUUGCAAGAAUGAGGAACAGUGAAAUAUACACAUGAUCAAUACAGGGAUCUCCAAACGUUUUAGUACAAGGGUCACAUCAUAUAUUUUACAGAAGUUUGAAUAAUAAUUAAAUUAAUAAAUAAGGCUCCUUUCAGCCGGACGAACGCGUCUGCUCAGUGGGGAAUCUGUCUGCUGAUCCCCGCUGAGCAGGUGGAUGACAGGUCCGUGUCUGCUCCGCUCCACAGCCCACUUUCCUCUGUGGGUGGCCUGUCCAUUUCCAUCCAACUGUCAUCAGAUCUGCCAGAUGGAUUGGGACUAGUUUCCCCAUCUGUCUGAUUUUAGCAGAUCGGAUGUUGACGUGUUGAAUGUUGGGGGUGAGGUUGGAGGAGAGAAUCUUCAGUGUCCUCACUUACAUCGGUAUCCCCAUCAGAGCCCUCCUUACAUCCUAGUCUGCCCUUACAUCGGGGUCCCCCUUAGCUCUGUAAUUCAGGUUAUAGUACAUAGUAAGUAGGAGAAAUCUAUGCUGGUGCUGGUGCUGGUUACAGCAUUGGUGGGGGAGAUCAGGGUGCUUUUGGGGGGAGGCAAGGACUGUGCACAUCAGUUGUUGGGUGGAGGGGGAGUGUAGACUGUGAACAUCAGCUGUCAGAUAAGGAAUCUCCAUACUUCAGGCCGCUACAAGAUUUUAUCUAAUAGAACACUUUUUUAGUGUUGUUAAAUUUGGUGGUUUUAUACAGAAAAAACAUAAACUCUUGCCAGCGCUUCAAAUUGGAAAGGCCCUCAAGAAAGUCUGACAAUGUACACUCGGAGCAGACUCCUUUUGAAUGUAGUCUAUGAGGACAGAUUAUCCACCACUGAGGUCCUCCAAAUCGCACACCACAUGGGCCUUGCUGCCCACUUCAAGUCAGGGAAAACCAACACCGAAAUGCAAACAGAAGAAGGUGCACCGGCCCAGUGUAACAAUGUACAAACUCUUUAUUAGAUAAAAACAAUUAUUUCAAUGUACUCACAAAAGUACACAAAUCCCAGUACGCCACUGGAACCGUGUCCAUUCAUAGGGACGCACCUUAUGCGUUUCAAGGUCUAUGCCCUCUUCUUUGAGCUCUGCUUUCUUCUCAUUAUUGGUGAUUUUAUUUAAAGAAAUCAUGUUGCUACAAUAUUACAUCUACCUUAAACAAAAAAAAUAGUAAAACAUUUGUAGAUGAGCAAAAAAAAGGUAAAACAUCCCCCUUUACAUCAGCCUGUCCAUUGGCAUUCCCCCUGACAACUUGCCCCAGGUUCUCCAUCAGAGUCUCCACUUACAUCAGGGUUCCCUUACAUCCCUUGCAUUAUGCAUGGUUCACACUUUGGCAGGUGGUUGUGGGUGUGGGAAUCACAUCUGUUCCCGCACCCAAAGACAAAAUGUGCUGCUCUUCAUUCUUAAUGGCACCCCCACGCAUCUCAACCCACAGCGUGUUUGCAGAUGUGGGAACCGCAGCAAAAUGGCAUGGUGCUUUUGUGGCCACAUUUUUAAAGAUGUGCAAGCACCUUUUUCAUGCAGGAAACACAGCCACAGCAGCCGAUUCAAAUAAAUGGGGCUUCCGUGCCCAUGCAAACUCGGGCCACAAACCUGCAAGAGAGUGAACCAGGUCUUACAUCAGGGUCCCCAUAAGAUUGCGUAAUUAGUUUCUACAGUUUGGAGACCCCUGAUCUAAUAGAACAAAUAUAAUCUCAUAAGACCUUUUUGAUGUUGUUUAGCUGGUGAUUUUUUUUAAAGAAGUCAUUCUGACACAAUUGUACUACUACAAUAAUCAUAAGAAAGUAGAUCAGUGAAAGAAAAAAAAGAGCCCCCCUUAGAUCAGAUUCCCCCUUACAACAGGAUCCCCCUUACAUUAGGGUCCUAUCCGAGUCUUCUUUUACAUUGGGGUCCCCAUCAAAGCCCCUCUUACAUCAAAGUUCCUCCUUACAUUGGGGUCCCUCUUAGAUUUAUAAUUAGGCCUACACACUGUAGAAGCAAGACGGGAGCCAUUGGCUCCCACGGCUGUGUCUCAGCCAGUGAGGAGGUAGAGAGCUAGCAGAGCAGCAGCUCUCAUACACAUCGCUGAAGGUAUUAGAGGGAAUCUGGGGGGCAAGCUGCACACAGAAGGUUUUUUACCUUCUUGCGCAGAGUCUUUAGAAACACUUUAAGCAAAAAAAUCAUACUACAAUAUUUGUAGAUGGCAAAAAAGAUAAAAAGUGGGACUGCAAAAUAAUAUUAGUCUUAAAGGGGUUGCAUAUGCAUUAGGAUGGAAAACCUUCUGUGUGCAGCAGCCCCCCUCCAGCACCCCCUAAUACUUGAGACCCAUCUCUCUCCAGCUAUGUCCAUGAGUUCCUCAGCCAUCCAGGACGCUCCGCCUGAUUGGCUGAGACACGCCAUUGGCUCCUGCUACUGUCAAUCAAAGUCAAUUAAACAAUCAGGAGAGAGAAGGGG